AGAUGCCGCCGCCGCCGUUGCUGCUACUGCUGCUGCCGCAACUCCUGUUCAGCCUCUUUGGCACCGAGGGCUCCCAGGGCCCCAACUCCACCGCAGGCUGCCAAAUCAUCCACCCACCGUGGGAAGGAGGCAUCCGGUACCGAGGCCUGACCCGGGAGCAGGUCAGGGCUGUCGACUUCCCGCCCGUCGACUAUGAGAUCGAGUAUGUGUGUCGGGGGGAGCGUGAGGUCGUGGGGCCUAAGGUCCGCAAGUGCCUCCCCAAUGGCUCCUGGACGGACAUGCACCUGCCUAGCCGCUGCUUGCGCACCUGCCCCAAGUCCCACCUGAACCUAGAGAAUGGGAGGGCGGUCCCCCGGGGCGGAGAACGCCCAGCCCUGGAGGGAACCUGGCUAGACUUCCGCUGCGACGCUGGCUUCCAGCUGGUGGGCAGCACCCGAAGCGUCUGUGACCGCGGCCAGUGGGAAACCCCCAAGCCCUCCUGCCAGGUGAAGAGAACCACCUACUCAGGCCGCCGCGCCGUGUACAUCGGGGCGCUGUUUCCCAUGAGCGGCGGCUGGCCGGGGGGCCGGGCCUGUCAGCCCGCCGUGGAGAUGGCGCUGGCGGAUGUGAACCGCCGCAGGGACAUCCUGCCCGACUACGAGCUCAAGCUCAUCCACCACGACAGCAAGUGCGACCCAGGCCAGGCCACCAAGUACCUGUACGAACUGCUCUACAACGACCCCAUCAAGAUCAUCCUGCUCCCCGGCUGCAGCUCCGUGUCCACCCUGGUGGCCGAGGUAGCCAGGAUGUGGAACCUCAUUGUGCUGUCCUACGGCUCCAGCUCUCCAGCCCUGUCUAACCGCCAGCGUUUCCCCACCUUCUUCCGCACACACCCGUCGGCCACGCUGCACAACCCCACCCGGGUGAAGCUCUUCGACAAGUGGGGCUGGAAAAAGAUAGCCACCAUCCAACAGACUACGGAGGUCUUCACCUCUACGCUGGACGACCUGGAAGAGCGAGUCAAGGAGGCCGGGAUCGAAAUCACGUUCCGACAAAGCUUCUUCUCUGACCCAACAGACCCUGUGAAGAACCUGAAGCGCCAGGAUGCCCGCAUCAUCGUGGGACUUUUCUACGAGACAGAAGCCCGGAAGGUUUUCUGUGAGGUGUACAAAGAGCGUCUCUUUGGCAAAAAGUACGUAUGGUUCCUCAGCUGGUACGCCGACAAGUGGUUCAAGACCAAAGACCCGGCCAUCAACUGCACCGUGGAGGAGAUGACGGAGGCCGUGAAGGGCCACGUCACCACCGAGAUCGUCAUGCUCAACCCCGAGAACACGCGCAGCAUCUCCAACAUGACGUCACAGGAAUUUGUGGAGAAGCUGACCCGGAGGCUGGGCAAGAACCCCGAGGAAACCGGCGGGUUCCAGGAGGCCCCGCUGGCCUACGACGCCAUCUGGGCCCUAGCGCUGGCCCUGAACAAGACUUCUGGACGGGGCGGGGGCCGCUGGGGUGGCGGGGUGCGGCUGGAGGACUUCAACUACAACAACCAGACCAUCACGGAUCAGAUCUACAGGGCGAUGAACUCCUCCUCCUUCGAGGGCGUCUCUGUCCACGUGGUGUUCGAUGCCAGCGGCUCCCGGAUGGCCUGGACUCUCAUUGAACAGCUGCAGGGUGGAAGCUACAAGAAUAUCGGCUACUACGACAGCACCAAAGACAACCUCUCCUGGUACAACACGGACAAGUGGAUAGGUGAGCAGCAGUCUGCCGGCCCCCCCCCAGCCGACCAGACCCUGGUCAUUGAGACGUUCCGAUUCCUGUCCCAGAAGCUCUUUAUCUCGGUCUCGGUGCUGUCCAGCUUGGGUAUCGUGCUGGCCGUCUUCUGUCUGUCCUUCAACAUCUAUAAUUCACACGUCCGGUACAUUCAGAACUCGCAGCCAAACCUGAACAACCUGACCGCCGUGGGCUGCUCCCUGGCUCUGGCCGCCGUCUUCCCGCUCGGACUGGACGGCUACCACAUUGGGCACGGGCAGUUCCCCUUCGUCUGCCAGGCCCGGCUCUGGCUCUUGGGCCUCGGCUUCAGCUUGGGCUACGGCUCCAUGUUCACCAAGAUCUGGUGGGUCCACACGGUGUUCACCAAGAAGGAGGAGAAAAAAGAGCGGAGAAAGACCCUGGAACCCUGGAAGCUGUACGCCACGGUGGGGCUGCUGGUGGGAUUGGAUGUGCUCACACUGGCCAUAUGGCAGAUCGUGGAUCCACCAUCGAGGUUCGGCCCGUCCUUCACCAAGGAGGAGCCCAAGCAAGACACUGACAUCUCCAUCCUGCCCCAGCUUGAGCACUGCAGUUCUAAGAAGAUGAAUACGUGGCUCGGAAUCUUCUAUGGAUAUAAGGGGCUGCUGCUGCUGCUCAGGAUCUUCCUCGCCUACGAGACCAAGAGCGUGUCCACUGAGAAGAUCAACGACCACCGGGCUGUGGGCAUGGCCAUCUACAAUGUGGUGGUACUAUGCCUUAUCACAGUGCCCGUCACCAUGAUCCUGUCCAGCCAACAAGAUGCAGCUUUUGCUUUUGCCUCUCUCGCCGUCGUCUUCUCCUCCUACAUCACGCUUGUUGUGCUCUUUGUGCCGAAGAUGCGGAGGCUGAUCACCCGGGGUGAGUGGCAGUCUGAGGCCCAGGACAUCAUGAAGACUGGCUCCUCCACCAACAACAAUGAGGAGGAGAAGGCCCGCCUGCUGGACAAGGAGAACCGGGAGCUGGAGAGAAUCAUCGCUGAGAAGGAGGAACGCGUCUCUGAACUCCGCCACCAGCUCCAGGCGCGGCAGCAGAUCCGCUCGCGCCGUCACCCCUCGACCCCCCCAGAUCCCUCGGGACCCCCCCGGGGCACAGAGCCCCCCGACCGGCUCAGCUGUGAUGGGAGCCGGGUGCACCUGCUCUAUAAAUGAGAGGGUUGGGGUCUGGGAGAGUGGCUG